AUGCAUCGUGGCGGCAUUGGGCGGGGCGACGUUGGCGGCGCUGCCCACGAAGCGUGGCAAGCUGAAGCUAAGUAUGAGGUUCCGGUGUUGUCUGCGCGGGUGGGCCGGAGAGGGCCGGCGUCGCUUUCGCCCUCCCACUCUAUCUCAUUGCGUGUGCGGCCCUCCGUGUCUUCUUGUUUUUGUUUUGUUACCCUCCUCACCGCGUACGGAAGAAGAGGAGACGAGGCGGGACUUUCUGCUGCAUCUAUGUAUGCGCUGCAUGUCUGCCGACGCCUGCGUGUGCGCGGUGGGAACUCCGAGGAGAGGAUUGUCCCUGUCGUUGUUCCUCUCAAUAGGACCGGGGACAACUUCUUCCACAGGCUGCACGUGUGGUUUUGUGCGUCUGUCCGCCAGUGGGCGCCUGUGAGUACUUUUUGCACUGCGCUCUCCUACGUCUUCACGCACUUGUCCGCUGUCCCCUUUUUUCUUCUCCCUCCACCGCUAUUGAAUUACAGGCAUCCGCUACUUCAACCUCUUCAGACAAUGGUGUCGCUGAAGCUGCAGGCUCGUUUGGCGGCGGACAUCCUCCGCUGCGGCCGCCACCGCGUGUGGCUGGACCCCAAUGAGGCGUCGGAGAUCUCCAACGCGAACUCGCGCAAGAGCGUGCGCAAGCUCAUCAAGGACGGCCUGAUUAUCCGCAAGCCCGUCAAGGUGCACUCCCGCUCCCGCUGGCGCCACAUUAAGGAGGCGAAGAGCAUGGGCCGCCACGAGGGCCCUGGACGCCGACGACGGGUACCCGCGAAAGCCCGUCAUGCCGACGCAAGGAGCUGUGGA